AUGGUGUCACUUUUCCAACCCGACACUUUUUAUCCCGUUCGCUCCAAAGAAAGCACUUGGUUUAUUAUGAUGACUUUGCAGACUCCAGAUGGCACUUGUCUCGUGGCUGGAGAAGAUGGGGAUAUCCUCGUCAGCUCUCGAAGUAUCAAUGAGUGUAAGUGGCAAACGGUACUCGGAGCCACGGGCGAAAUUUGUCUUCGCAGUGUUCAUGGGAAAUUUUUGUGUGUAGAAGAAAACGGUAAGAUUUUAGCUGACCGACCAAUAAAUUCAACAUGGGAGACGUUCCAAGUUGUGCCACAGCAUGAGGAUGAUGGUGUCUCAACCUUUGGCGGUGUGGCACUUCGCAGCUUUCACGGGAGCUAUCUGUGCAUCGACCCAUCAUCAAAACAGGUGCAAGUAUCGGACCAGCCCGUGCCUUGGGAUGGUGGUGACAUCAUGUCGUUGGUCUGCAAUAAGGCAGACUCACGUCGACUGUUCGUUAAGAUCAUGCGGAAGUACCAGACGAUGGAUUUUGUGAACAACCAGAUGGCCAAAUACGGGAGCUUGCAACACGCACAAAUGUCAGUGUACGAAGCUUGUAAAUGUGUGAUGUAA